UUUCCCGGCAGCUGGGCGCUUAGCCUGUGCGGGAAGCGGUCUUAUCUUGCUUGUCUUAUCUCUGCAAAGCUCGGAGGAAUGCAAGCUUCAAAGAAUAAAAGUACAGAAAAGCCAGAACCAUUCUACAGGCUUUCCAUGCCAAAGCAGAAGACCAGUUCUGAGAUUAUAAAUGAAGCAAGAAGUGUUCUACGAACACUAAGAACUCGAAGACCGUUUACACCUGCAGAGGAUCAAAGGAAACUCUUUGGAUCUGGAUCCUUGCGAAUGCCUGAAAAUAGACCCCCUUCAGUUUUUAGUCUUCAUGCUUCCAGUUUUGAUCUGGCUGAAUCAAGACCAGUUUCUGGUGUUCGUCUUAGCCCACUGGAUCAUAAGCCCAAACUACUCGCUUCUGCAAAAGAUGAAGAUUCUUCCAUUUCCCUUCCAAAACCUCCUGUGGAUCCUGAGGAGGUUAGAAAAGUCAGCAGCGCUCGAGCACACUUAUUUCGAAGAACUUCUCGGGGGAAUCUCCUUCCUGCUAAAAUGUUUCCUCCUGGUCAGAAUGAAGAGAAGCUGGAUUCUGAAGAGCCAGCUAUGAUGAAUAAUUUUUGCAGAAGUAAUGAAAACUGCUUAGCAGAACAAAGGGCAUACACACCAUUUAACAAUGGAAGUAGCCAAUUAAUUUAUAAUGAGCAUGUCAGCAAAUCAGAGAGGGAAGACUUCCUGAAAGGGACAUCAGGAAAAUUUUUAUCUCAACCGAGAGGUGAGAGAAAUGUCAGCAGUGAUGGCAGAUUUGCUGAUAAAGAACAACAGUUUCCCUGUGACCAGAUGAAAAAGCUGGGCACAAGUGCAACGUGUCCAAGGAGUACAGGCUGGAAAAGAGGACUAACAGGCUUAGAGGAUGACACAAGAGUAAAUGAAUCAGAAGAGGAAGAAAACUUUUGGCAUGUAAAGAUUCUACCAAUUCUGCGUGAACUGGAGAAGGAAGACAAUAUAGAAAAUCUUUGCCUGGCUUGCACCAAACUCCAUCAAGCCUUGAACGAAGGAAAUAUGUUUGGGAAAAGACUUAAAAGAAAAAGCGUGCUUCUGAAGACGUUAUAUAAACUUGUAGACGUUGAUUCAGACCCACUCUGCCUGAAGCUGGCAGAGAUUAUACUGUCUAUGAAAGUGAAUGGAAAAAAUCUUCUCAAUGUCUGCAAGCUUGCAUUUAAAAUUUGCAGAAAUGAAAAAAAUGAUUAUAUCAUACAAAAUGAUAGAUUAUUGGAUUGUUUGUUGGAGGUCCUGAGAACUGAAGAUCUACAAAAAAACAAUGAGGCUUUCCUGUAUUGCCUGGGAGCUAUAAAAUUCAUGUCUGGAAAUGCAGUACUCCUUAAUGAAAUGGUCAACAAAGGAGCUGUUGAAAUGUUGCUGCAGUUAAUGAAGCAGAUUAAUAUUGUAAAAGAAAGUGAUACAUAUUUCUCCAGUUUGGGCCACCUAUUAGUCCAGCUGACAGCUACUUUGCGAAACCUGGCUGAUUUACCUCAGGCGAGAUGCCAGCUCAUUUGCAAUAGCGCAGUCUCCGAGCUCUGUGUGGCGCUAGAGCAGCGUAUGAAUGAUACAGACGUAUGCACCUAUAUUGUCAGGAUAUUCAGCAAACUUUCUUCCUACAAUGACUUCUGUGCAGCUUUGGCAGACUGUUCCAGAUGUUUCGUCUUAUUUUUAGCCCUGCUAAACAAACACCAGAGGAAGCAGGAUUUGGUUGUCCGUAUUGUCUUCAUUCUUGGGAAUUUAACAGCAAAGAGUAACCAGGCUCGCGAACAAUUUUUUAAAGAAAAAGGAAGCGUUAGCACACUGAUGUCAUUAUUCGAAACCUACUGUGAACUUGAUUUGAAUGCAAAAAAAUGGAACCAUGAAAGAGGAGCAGAAGAAAACAAAAACCAAAAACAUCCUUCAGAAGCAGAAGAUGUUCUUAUAAAGCUGAUAAGAGUGCUGGCCAAUCUCUCAGUUCAUCCCAGCGUAGGAGCAGCUCUGGCAGCUGCUAAUCAUGUUGUGGAAUUACUUGUUAUGGUACUAGAAUACAAGUCAGUUGCUGACUGUGAGGAGCUGGUUAUCAAUGCUGCAGCAGCAAUCAACAAUUUAUCCUACUACCGAGUAAGGAGUUCUGCAGUUGAAGACAAGAAGCUACAUAUUGCGGAAAUUCUUUUAAAGCUGUUAAUGAGCAACAGUAUGGAUGGAGUUGUGGAGGCUGUAAGAGUCUUUGGCAAUCUUUCCCAGUAUCAUGAGAUAUGUGACUUCAUCAUACAGAAAAAGAUUUACAAGUUCAUGAUUGCUUUACUUGAUGCCAAGAAUCAAGAUGUCUGCUUUUCUGCCUGUGGAGUUCUGCUCAAUAUCACUGUAGAUAAGAAUAAACGAGCUCUCCUGAAAGAAGAGGGAGGAAUUAGGAAGUUGGUUGACUGUUUACAAGACUUUGGGCCAGCAGACUGGCAGCUGGCUUGUCUGAUAUGCAAAACGCUGUGGAACUACAGUGAAAACAUCACAAGUGCAGCCUCAUGCUUUGGAGAAGAUACCAACACACUUCUAGAGCUGCUCACAUCACUCUUGGAUGAGGAGCUAUCAUUGGAUUACAGCCUCAACAGAGAUUUAAGGGACUACCACAAAAUAUAUUGGGAAACAGAAUUCAAACCUGUAGCAGAAAAGCUUCUUGAUAGAAUUCAAAGCCAUCAUCACUCCUCCCAACUAUGACCAUUUCUCCAUUUUAAUCAGAGGUUGGCUAAGGAGUACUUAAAAUAGCUGAAAUUUUUGUAGGUAAUAACAUAAGAUAGAGGCAAAUAAUAUACAAUAAUAUAUUUAAAACAGCUGCACAGUAAUUUUUUUGUGAUGUAAAUUGUACAGUUAUAUAUUUCUAAUACACCUGUACAUUGUCAUUGGUAAACAUGUUGGAGAGCAUGGGAAAAAUUAAUUUUAAAGGAGUAAAAUUUGACAUUUAUAUACUGGAUUCUGUUUUUUGAGAAACUUUUAUGAAAUUUUUGUGUGUGUAAUUCUUAUAGUAUGUUUGAACUUAUCAAGGAACUGUUCAAUGUGAUUUGUCUAAUAAUUACAUUGUUUCUUUGCUGGCUAAAUGAAACAAAGCUUCUAAUUUUAAAAGGUAAAUUACCAUUGGGUACCUGGAUCUCUGUGGUACCAAAGAGCUAUGUAUUUUAAAAGAAUGUUUUAUGAUAUGGUCCACAUCUACCUACAGUCUUUGACAUACUCUUUUGUCUUUUACAUUUUAUUUUUUUAUAAAAUUCUGCCCCACUAGCAUUAGGGUUAUUCUGUUGCAUUCUGGUGUAUUUUAUUGUGGUCUUUCCUCCUGACCACUGAAAACGUUUGUGAAAGAGUGAAGUUGUUCUCCUUCCCUUCAAGGAGAAGC